AUGAUUGAUUCGGUAUUAUCUACUAUUAUCUAUCUAUCUAUCUAUCUAUCUAUCUAUGUCACCCUAUUCAUAUCCUAUUCGACUAUAAUAAUGCUUGAAUCCAACACACGCAUACAUAUAUGCAUAUGUUCAUUCUAUUAUCUAUCUAUCUAUCUAUCUAUCUAUCUAUUCUUGACUAGUAAAAACAUCUAUCUAUCUAUCUAUCUAUCUAUCUCAGUUACUUUAUAUGCUAUCUAUCUCUCUAUCUCAGAUUUUUUAUAUACUAUCUAUUUAUCUCAGUCACUUAUAUGCUAUCUAUCUAUCUAUCUAUCUAUCUAUCUAUCUGUGUUCUUAUCUAUCUAUCUAUCUAUCUAUCUAUCAGGAGUUCAUAUCUAUCUAUCUCUCUAUCUAUCUGUGUUCUUAUCUAUCUAUCUAUCUGUCUAUCUAUCUAUCUCAUUUACUUUAUAUGCUAUCUAUCAUUCUAUCUCAGAUUUUUUAUAUACUAUCUAUUUAUCUCAGUCACUUAUUUGCUAUCUAUCUAUCUAUCUAUCAGGGGUUCAUAUCUAUCUAUCUAUCUAUCUAUCUAUAUGUGUUCUUAUCUACCUAUCUAUCUAUCUAUAUGUGUUCUUAUCUACCUAUCUAUCUAUCUAUAUGUGUUCUUAUCUACCUAUCUAUCUAUCUAUCUAUUUCAUCACUUAUAUGCUAUCUAUCUAUCUAUCUAUCUAUCUAUCUAUCUAUCUAUCUCAUACACCACAGCAUCUAUCUACCUUUUUAUUUUUAUAUCCUAUCUAUCUAUCUAUAUAUCUAUCUGUCUGUCGGGAGCUUAUUUAUAAGUGGGCAGAAAAAGAAUGGAGUCCAGAAGUGGAGUUUCAGAUGAUUUAA